UACCGCGGUUCGUGUUGCGUGACUCGGCCACUGGAUAUCUCAAAAUGGCUUAUAUUCUACGGCUAUCAAUUUUAGCGAUCGUAUAUCUAUACAUAGUCGAAGCCAAAUCCUACGACAAGCUGCCAAAUUGUCAAGAGUUCUCUAAAAAUGUUACGUUCAAAGAUUCUGAGGCGAUCGGUAUUUGGCACUUGUUGCAUUUUAAAACUGAGAAAACCAAAGGUUCUGGCGAAUCACAUUGCGUUGAAUUUACAAACUUCGGUGAACAGGAAAAAAAAGAUCUCCAAGAACGAAUUGGCCAGUAUGUAGAAAACAUGAAUUGGGAUAGAUUGCUAAUAAAGAUGCAGAUUCCUUGCUCCAGCGUAAAAUCUAACAAGACCAGAGAUUAUUAUUUGGAGAAACUCGAAGGUGAUGGCUCGUAUAGAACAUUGCAAAUGCCUUCCCCCACAGCAAAACUAGACCUAGCACAGUUCCACCGCUACCCAAUGCGUCUAAAGCUAGUGGAGGGUCAGUACUUGGCUAUGAUGGACUGCCACGAGAAGUUCGUGUUUCUGCUGGGCAAGCAACCGCCCACAGCUGACCUGGAUGACCGCAUCAAGAAAAUGAUCGACGCCUAUUGGCCUGACGAACUAUAAACUAAGAAUUUUGUUAAAAUAUAUAAUAUUACAAAUAUUUGUAUCAGCU